AUGACGGGCUGUGACGUGGCUGAGCUUUGCAGAGGAGGCUCUAGCCUCACACUAUUGCGGCUUGGCUUUUUCUGUCCGAUGCAUCCCACUUCUUAUUCAUACCUCAAUGGAGUCCCCUCUUGCGGAAUUCUGGGCGCCCCCGAGUCACACCCCCAUCUAGAUGCGGGAAGGAGUACGUGUCCCCUGGUUCAGUCUCGGGUGCCCAGUACCCACCAGACGUCAGGGCGGAGGAAAACCGGGCUUUCGAAUUCCCUUACCGGGAAUCUCGCAUUUAGUUCUCAACUCCCUGCCAGGGGAGGAAACUGUCCUCCCGAGGUUUCCAUUUCGCACUCUGCCCUGCAGGCAGCGUCUUCGCCUCCUCCUCCCCAGUCAGGAGAGACCGGGCCCAGGCAGCGCUUGGGUUGGGUUUGGAGGAGGGGGCUCCGGAGGAAGCGGGCAUUCAGGGGCACCUUGCAAAACGCUAGCUCCUUGGGCCCAGCGGGGCUGGCCGCGGACAGAGCCCGGCCCGAAUGUCGCGGGAGGCAGCACAGCGAGAGCAGCCGUGACCUCCGACCCCGCCCGCCGGCAGCCAAUAAGAGCGCAGGUCGUCUCCAAACCCAAAAUUUCCACGUCGGCAAAAGUCAAGAUGGAAGGGAGCGGAGCGGAGCGCGAGGGGGGAGCCGGCCCGGGAAUGCCUGGCGGCCGGCGCUGGAGGGCAGGCUGGGGAGCCUGCGGCGGGCGCACGAGGGGCCACUCGCGAAGGCGUCCCGGCCCAGCACGACCACCGCCUCUAGCCCCGGGAGCCUCUGGGCGCCCCGCACUCCGCCAGCCGCCCGUGCUCCCCGGCCCGAGGGAAGCAGCCCACUGCCCCUCCGGCCUUGGCUCUUAAGGGUGGCGGGGGAUGGAACGGUGGCGAGGGUUUGGGGGAAGAUGGGAAAGCACUUUCCAGACCUGUUGCACGCGCGCAACAGCUGUUCAGGUGCGGUAUGUGGGGGGAGGGGGUCGCUUCUGCUGCAGGGAAAAGGGGGUGCCAGGCGGCGGAGAAGAGCCGUGUUGGGGACUGUGUGCAAGGUUGUGCGGGAACAGGGUCCGCGGGAAGCACUGCCUGAUGGGGCAGGGAGAAUCCCAAAGAGUGGGUGGGUAGAAGGGAGGGGAUGGGACGGCUUCGACCCGAGUUCCCGGGGCUGGGCGCGGACGGCCGGAAGACCGGGAAUAGAGUAUUGGGAAUGGCUGGGGAAGGGGAGUCUCAGGGGAGGCCCCGCAAAGCGGGGCUUUCUUGGGCCGUCCCAUCUGCGGGGCUUUUCCCGGGCCUGUAUUUGCUCCCCCCGUUUAACUCUUCCAGCUCCGAAAAUUCGUCCUCGUGCAGCGCCCCCGCCCCCAGCUUUCCAGAUGGGAAGGUAAAAAGUUGCCACAAGUUAGGUAGAGUGAGUGAGCUGCUGGCAAAAGUUUAAAUAACUACCGGGGAGGUGGGGGUUCGACCAGGAAUGGGGGUUAUCAUCUGAGGAUGGGUAGGAAGGAAGGAGAGUGUGCGAUUCUUGCAGCCCAUUUGCUGUGACAUUGCGACCAGAAUUUGUCGAAUCGGGCUGUUAAAACACCGUUUCUGUGGGGCAUUUGCUCCUGCUGACUGCGGCAGUAACUUUCCAUAAUUAAUGACCCGUUCCAUUAUCGGUCGCAUCCUGAGCUAAAUUGCUUUUAACGAGUUACUCUUCUUUGUCUUAGCUGGGGGGUGGGGGAGCACACCUGCAGGAAGAAACUUCUGGAGAAAGACAGCACGUUUGGUCUUUUGAGGCAAAGUUCUGAGACACUCCGACUCUGAGUAUGAUAGAAGUCAGUGCACUACAGAACUUUGUCUCUAGAGGCUGUGGUCGCCGCUACCGCCAGUGCUCCAGACGCCAGGCCGAGUGGCCCUGGUGGCCACGUCGCUGCGCCUUUCCCUUGGGGGAGGGGCGAGGCCAGAGGGGGUCCAAGUGCAGCACGAGGAACUUGACCAAUUCCCUUGAAGACAGUGGGUUAAACACUGUAAAUGGGACCAAAAUUACCCCAAAUCUCUUACUUCAUCUUACCCUGGUGGACUCCUGACUCCAGAAGUUUUUGGUUUAAAGAAGAAAAAAAUAAAGCUUUGGACUUUUCAGCGUUGCUUAACAGGUACUGAAAAACUGGCCUCACUUAAACUGAGCCAGGAGAGGAGAGUUGCAGAUUUAUUAGUGGGUGUGUUAGUGUGCAGUACCUUGCAGGAAUUUAAACUCUCUACCCUUAAAGAAGGAAAUAUAUUUGUACAGAAGCCACGGAUAAUGGUCCUUUUACUCAAGUGACCUGCUGAAUAAAUGACAGCCUGCAGGGAUUAAGUUUGGAGAUCUAGUCUCAAUUCUGCUUCCGAUUUAGGUGCAGUUCACUUUUGUUUUUUAAAGUAAGUUUUAUUAAUGGAAAGGAAGAACUUUUUCUAAGAAAGUAUUUUGAAAGACACUGGGGGCGGGGGAGAUUUAUGGUUUUGGGCUGUGGAGAUACUUUAGGUGGACUGCUCUCUCAUCCCUAGUGGAAUGGAGGUUUGGGUUGGUGAGUUCCUAUCAAUAGCCUGCUCUGUAUAGCGGGUCAGUGACUGGCACCAAAUUGUAGUCCUGUUCCAUAGACAUUGCCCUGUUAUGGUUUUAUGAGCUUUUGGCCAGGCACAGGACGCAGGGUGGUAGGCAAAAAAGGAAAUGGUUCCUGUGCCCGUGGUGCUGACAGGUAAGGGAAGGGGCUUCUGAUAUAUUUUAUGGGAUGCUUCGGAAGCCUUGGGGUUGCUUGUUUGUGUCUCUGGGAAGCCCUUGAUAAAGCCAGCAUUUUUUUAACUUAGGUGUAUUCCAGUUUAUCAUCGGGAGAGGGAUGAUAAUGGAGGAAGGCUCAAUGAGGGAGAAAGUAUUCAGUUGCUUGAUGUUAGAGCUUAAUAGGAGGACCUACCAGUUGCUUUUCACAGGAAUACUGUGUCUUGAUCCUAAGGCAGCAUGUGUUCUCUUUUGUGUGGCCAUUAUCCAUUCUCCCACUUUUCCGUCAGUGACUGUUUUGCUUUUGUUCCUCAAUCCUUUACCCAAAAACGGCUGACUUAUUUCUGUGCAGUUAAAUAAAGUGAUCCAAACUCAA